UUGGUGUUCAGGGGAGAAUCUGGAGCUGGCAAAACGGAAAAUACGAAGAAAAUCAUCGAAUACAUAUUGGAAUGCUGUGGUUGCACCGCGAAGGAGCAAUCGCAAGAGCCGAGCAACGGGAAACUACAGAAUGGAUACACAACCCAUGGCAGUACCGUAGGUAGAGAUGUGAUCUCUGCAGGAGUGCUGCUGGAAGCCUUCGGAAACGCCCGAACGACCCACAAUAACAACAGCUCGCGAUUUGGAAAAUUCAUAAGGAUCGAAUUCAACGAACAUGGAAAGCUACAAUCAGCUCAGAUCGAAUGCUAUCUUUUGGAAAAGUCGCGUGUCGUCAAUCAGGAUGCUGGCAAUCGAAAUUUCCAUGUCUUCUAUCAACUCCUAUCAAAAGCGUUCCCUGAUGAGAUGCGCCAGAAGCUGCUGCUUACUCAAACAGCGGACCGUUACAAAUUCCUCAACCAAGGAAAUGUUUGUGUUGAUAGGGAAAUCGACGAUGUCGCAAAUGGCCUGCUUACUGAUGUAUGA